UUGGCAGACGUGAGGCGGGAGCUGACCUUCUGUAAGAAGAUGGGCCUGCAGGUCCUGGGCCUCGUGGAGAACAUGAGUGGCUUCGUCUGCCCUCACUGCUCGGAGUGCACAAACAUCUUUUCCAAAGGAGGAGGUGAGGAACUGGCCAAGCACGCUGGCGUCCCCUUCCUGGGCUGCGUUCCCCUGGACCCCCAACUCAGCUGGAGCUUGGAAGAAGGCAAAGACUUCAUCCAGGAGUUUCCCAAGAGCUCUGCCUUCCCUGCCUUGGCUCACAUUGCUCAGCAGAUCUUGGCUGGCACGUCGCAGCAGAGCUCCUGA